UGCUAGCUUUUAGUGGAAACAGCGACACAACCAGUCGACAGUAGAUGAUUCCACUCCAUACCGACAAUAUCGGAAGUGCAAAGUGAUCAAAAAAAUCUAAACCCAAUUCAUCAUGACCGGCCCACCACCACCAAUCGGUUUCAUCCACGACUAUCUCCGAUCUGAUCAGCCGACAGGCUACGAACUUUCGUAUGGGUUUCCCAUGCCACAGCCGACACCACAAUCCCAACAAGAUGAAAGUGGUUCAGAUAAAACACCAACAGGGUUGUUGUCAACAUCAAGCUCAUCCGGAGAUGAUUACGAACUUGACCACCAUUCGAGUGCAAGGAAUACUUUUUACGAUGGAUUAGUCGGAGGUUGUUGGCAGCAUUGCACCGUGGACGGACCUUUCCCCACGAAUAUGGUCCGCGCGGGUAUCGAUGCCGAUGGAGCAGUUAUCUACGCCGGUCGUGCCUUCCAUGAGGGUGAGAUGAUCCCAGCUAAGGUGAUCCCGUCGAAAAAUGUCGCUUUCAUUUGCUACAGUGGAGAAGAAAUCCUAAAGGAAGACUUCGAAGUGCUCCGUUCGGGAGAUUUCGUGUGGGAAUUCGCCUCCAACGGGGUCGUGCCAGAGAAUGCAGUAAAAAUCGGCGCCACCGUUGAUGGUGAGCCACUUUAUAUGGGCCGAGCGCUGCACUGUGGAACGCAGACACCUGGAAAGGUUCACUCUUCCCAUGGGUGCCUUUAUAUGCCGUUCGAUGGAGCCGAGGUUAGCUCGGCAGAGUACGAGGUUCUGUGCCUUAAGUAAGGAAUUGUUCGAAGCAAGUAAACCGGGAUGGCUAUAAGGAACAACAACUUGGAUUUUGAAUGAAUUAAUUUAUGGGUAUGAGAUUAUAUAGAUUAUGCGCGUCAUUCUCUUUCAAAGAGAAAGAAAUAAUUACAAUUCCUUCAUGUGCAUAAAAACUGCUAUAAAUAAACUACAAAAUAUUCCAACUUAUCCAUCUA